AUGACAUGUCUAAAUAUAGAUAUGUGUGUCAUUCAUUUUGUCAAGCUUAAAUAUAUAUAUAUUGUUUGUUAUUCAUUUAGUCCGUUAAUUACCAUGACUGUUUUAACCAUAUAAGACGAUUGGAAGUACAAAAACCACUUAUUAACAUGGAAAACGGGCAAAAGUUAUGUUCGUACCAACAAGCUAAAGACUUUUUGAUGACUGCUGCGGAUAUGCACAAGCCUGGGAAGAAAGUUCCGCAUGGGGCGCAGCAGAGUGUAUGGAUGUGUUUAAUGGCCCCACCAAACGACCAUCACAACGAAGUUUAUCAAAAUAUAAUUCUUGGUGAUGACCACCUUGCUAAAUCUGCCGAUGAGCUCAGAGCGUUGGGAGUUACUCACGUUGUAAACUGCGCUUGUGGCAAACGAUUUAACAUGGUCGACACAAGUGCUGAAGAUUUUGCUUCAUCCGGCAUACAGUUCCACGGAAUAGCAGCGACAGAUAUAAUGACGUUUAAGAUGGCGCCGCAUUUCGAAGCAGCGUCAAAGUUCAUGAAAGACGCUUUAGAUGGUGGUGGAAAAUUGUACGUGCACUGUGUGUCUGGCGUCAGUCGAUCAGCAACUAUAGUUCCUGCUCUCUGUUCAUCGGAUGCCUCUAAUGACGGCACUGGAACAAGUACGCAAACAUCGCAAGAUCAUGCCUAACGACGGAUUCUUGAAAGAACUUGUCGCACUAAAUAACACAAUGUUCGGAAGUUGAGUGAUGCAAAUCGAGAUUGCCGUUUAAACGACCAUACUUAACUGUUUGUGAAAAAAAUGCAACGUAGAAUUAUGCAACGUUGUGCACAUCAAGUGACAAUGUAUUAGUUAUAAUUGUUUUCAAGCAAAGCAAUGUGUAUUUAAAUAUGAGAAUAAAUGAAUUGUUGUUGUUGACCAUUGUGCUGUUACUUUAAAUAAAUAUUUAUGUUUAUUUUAUAUGUUUACCAUGUUACUCUAUCAUGCAUGUAUGUCUGUUUAGUACGAACAUGAAAUAAUCUCAUCCCACUGAAGCGACAUUUUUUUAUGUUCUUAAAUACAUGCAUAUUCAUUAGCCAACUGUUUAUAUUUUUGUUUGUUGCUUGCAAUUUCGGAAAUAUUAUUUAGUUUCACCUGCGAAA